CUCGCUCUCUCCAGCCUACAUCGAAGACGUGGCGCGCUGUGUGGACCAAUCCAAGUGCCUCAUCAUCGUCAUGACGCCCAACUACGUGGUGCGGCGGGGGUGGAGCAUCUUUGAGCUGGAGACACGCCUCCGCAACAUGCUGGUCACCGGGGAGAUCAAGGUGAUUCUGAUCGAGUGUGCCGAGCUGCGUGGCAUCAUGAACUACCAAGAGGUGGAGGCCCUCAAACACACCAUCAAGACCCUCACCGUCAUCAAGUGGCAUGGCCCCAAGAGCAACAAGCUCAGCUCCAAGUUCUGGAAGCAGCUGCAGUAUGAGAUGCCCUUCCGCCGCACCGAGCCAAUGCUGAGCCACGAGCCAGCGCUGGAUGUCAGCGAGCAGGGCCCCUUCGGCGAGCUCCAGACCGUCUCCGCCAUCUCUAUGGCAGCCGCCACCUCCACCGCCAUGGCCACGGCGCACCCGGAGCUCCGCUCGUCUUUCCACAACUCGUACCACACCACCAUGCGGCAGAAACACUACUACCGCAGCUACGAGUACGACCUGCCGCCGGGGGGCACGCUGCCGCCGCUGUCAUCACUAGGCAACCAGCACACCUACUGCAACAUCCCGCUGACGCUGCUGAACGGACAGAGGCCGCCGGCGGGGAAGAGCCGCGAGCACAGUCUGGAGGAGGAGCACACUAACCACGCCAUGCUGCCGCUGUUGCCCAGGGAGACCAGCAUCUCCAGCGUCAUCUGGUGACCGGGACAGGAUAGAACCAUGCGACACUAGUGGUUUGGUCUGGCCUGGUUUGGGUUGGAUCACUUUGGAUUGGUUUGGUGGCGUAGUCACGCUUCUAUGAGCCAGUUCUGAUUGGCUACUGUAGCUAUAGCUGAGAGAUUGUGACGAGUUUGGGUUGGAAUGGACCCCUGUCAACAGGCAAGACAGGGUCAAGGCAGGUUUGGAUUUAACGUGGCCCUCAUGUACACGGAGGAGGAGUUCUUCACCGGAGGAUUAAAGAUUCAGACUGACAACAACAAACUGUUUGAUCAAGAGACAACAGAUUUUGAUCAAAAUGAACUCGUGAAUACAAAAUAAAAGAACCCACACACUUUGGCACUUGUGCACUUGCACACACACUUGCACACACACAUACACUCACACACACUAAAGGAAAACAGGGUCUUGUACAUAUAUUUCCAAUGUAUUUGUAGCAUCAGUGUCUUCCUGUUUUUUGUUCAUAUGUUGUUUUUUAUUCAAUCGUGUGUGUUGCCUUCUCUACUUUAAGACUUUGCUUUAACUUGUCACACAGAUUUAUAUAUUUCUAUUUUUUCUGUUUUUUCUUUGUUAAAAAUGUUGUUUUUUUUGGUUUUUUUAUAUGCUUAUGAAGAAAGCCAGUAUGUCAUGUAUCUGCGCUGUUGUGUUUUUUUAUCUUGACUUUGUGUAGUUUAAGAUAUAUAUUAUUUUCUUUUACACUUUUGGGGAAUUGCUUGGACAUUGCAACGUUUUACUUCAAGGAGCAACAUCUUACUUUUGUUGACCUGUAUAAGGUGUAUAUCUAGUUUUAAAAACACUUUAAAAAAUCAUAGAAUAUGCAAAAAGAAGGAGGAGCUACCGGUGAUGUUGAUGUAACUUCCUGUGGGCCAGAGGAAGGGGAGAAGUUAGGGAGUCAUGCUAAUCUUCUCCAGUCAGCCCGUCGGUCAGUCAGAGUUUCAUAUUUUCUAUAAAAACAAACAGCCUUGCUGUUUUAGCGUGAUAGUGAAAUGCCUCACCUUAAAAAUAAAUCUGUAGAUUAUUUUAAAAAUAAGUAUAUUUUUAUAACAAAAAGAGUUUGCUUGAGAAGUCAUACUUAUUUACGUUUCAUCUGACAUUUAGGGAAAGGUAUGCAGUGUGUGUAAUGCAGGUUUUGUACACUACUUUGCUAUAUGGGUCAUGGUUUGUUAAGACAACAAGAUGGAUUUUGAGUCCUUCAUGAAAAUAUUCUUAGAUUCAAAAAGUGAAUGCAUUUUCAAUGUUUUGGUUGAGUUGUUUAAGUAUCUUUCCAUCCUGAGAAUCCGUUGUUUCUAAUCCAUAGGAUAGGUCAUGUUUAAAGAAAGAAGAAGCAUACAUCUGUGCUUUGGAAUAUGUUUUUUAAUUAUAUUUGAAGGUGUAAUUUCUGAGUAUGCAUAGCAAAUAGAUAUUUAUUCUAUAUAUGAUAUAGAUAUUUAUAUAAAUAUAUAUAUAUAAACACGAUUUUCACUUGGAAAGAAUUGUCUAUCUUUAUAGAAACACAAUCAUACUUAUCAGUUGCCCUUACUUUCUCACUGCACAUUAAAAAUGUUGAUCUCC